UCAGGGUCUAGGGAUUAUGUAGGCCCAAAUAAGCCUAAAAAUGGUAUGGGCCUAGCCCAACCACCAAUAUAACCCAAUCCAAAACUUCUUCAAUUUCAGGAAGGGCUCAGGCUUCAGCUGAGAGCCACUGCAGAAAAAACCAUGUCACUCUCUUCAGCUCUAAACCCCCAAACCUCCAAGCUCUUCUCUCUCCUCCCCACCCCAUCUCUCUCUUUCACACCCCACAAGCUCUCGCCACCCACCACCCUGAAAUUCUCAUCCAAACUCCACACCCUCUCACCCUCCUUCAACUCCUCUCACUCCACCUUGGAAGAAGACCACGUCAUCGGCGACUGCGUCGUCUUCGAAGAGGGCGUGUUCGACGACCCGUAUCUUCAAAACGACACCGAAAUCGAACACUUCAACCCGGAAAAGCCGAGGCCCAGAAAACGCGUUGAAAUUGAGACCGAGAAUUUGGUGCCGGAGAAAUGGAAGGAGGUGCAGGCCACAGUGAACAUAACAAAGAAAGAGAGGAGGAAGAUUGCGCAGGAGUUGGAGUUCGGUUCGAGGGUCGAGAAGAACAAGAGGGGGUUGGAGCCCAUAAGGAAUUUGAAUUUGGAGGAGUACAAGGCGUAUAGAGAGGCCAAGUUGAACCAGCUGAAGCCACUGGUUUUGGAUAGGCCUGGGAAGUUUAAGGAGGAGGAUGAAGAGUGUGAAGGUGGUGAUGGGUUUGUGAGUGACAGAGUGGCGCCUAAGAAUCCCAGGUGGGCUGUUUAUGGGAAGGGUUUGGAGGAUGUUACUGAGUUUUUUAACAGUGGGCAUUAUGAGCCUGGUGUGAAGAAAUCUGAAGGACCCCGGCCUUUGUUUACGAAAGAGGAAAAGCUGAUGCUGAAUAGGCGAAAACCUGAUAUAGCUGCUGCCACUUCUAGUAAAUGGCUUCCCCUUCACACUCUUGCCGCAUCAGGAGAAUAUUACCUUAUGGACGCUUUAUUGAAACAUGAAGCUGAUAUCAAUGCUGUGGAUAAGUUCAAUGUUUUUCAGGAUGAUUGGACUGUUCUUCACAAAGCAAUUAUUGGUAAAAACCAGGCCAUUACAAACUAUCUUCUCAGAGAAUCGGCUAAUCCAUUUGUUCGUGAUAAAGAUGGCGCUACCUUGAUGCAUUAUGCUGUCCGGACAGCUUCAAGUCAAGCAAUUAAGAUUCUUCUGUUAUACAACGUUGAUAUAAACCUUCAGGACAAUGAUGGGUGGACGCCCUUACAUCUAGCUGUUCAAGGCCGAAGAACAGAUGUAGUGAGGCUUUUGUUGAUUAAAGGCGCGGAUAAGACAUUGAAAAACAAGGAUGGAUUGACCCCUCUUGAGCUUUGCCUCUAUUCUGGCCGAGACACGAGGACUUACGAGCUGAUUAAGCUAUUGAAGCUUCUUCCCAAAACCCGUUAAUGGGUUAAAUGUUCUGGUGACAAACCCCACCUCUACAGUGUUUCAGCUACCAAAGUGGUUUUGGGGGGCACAAGCUAUGGUUUGAUCUUCAAUAGCUUUUAGUUGAAAGUCUCAGCGGAUGCAGGUACAACUGCAAAUCAAAUUGAGGGGAUCCCCAAUAUCAAAGUCAAGUCAAUGACUUUGUUACUUGUAAUUCUUUGUAAUUAUGAAAUCAUUUGACUUGAGAAUUGCAAUUAUUUACCUUUUU